CGAACUUCAUCAAAUAUAAUUUGUUCGUUUCAAUUGAAUCGGACUGAAAAACGCGCCUCCAGCUGCUCACUCUCACACACAUUCCUGCUUUACUUUCACCUACGCGUCAAUCACCGCAUUCUCCACUUAAAUACAACAAAGCAACCCUCAUCUGACCCACUGUAAAGCAACGUUUGUCUACUAUGGAUAAAUUUGGUAUUGGCUCAUGGGAUCUCUCACCAUCCCUUCCUAUUCCCCUCGACAUACUUUUCGAUGUAAUUCAGCAUCUCCCCAUCCAAAGCAUCCUGGCGCUGCGGCAGACUAGUAAAAGUUUUUAUGCUAUCACGCGUCUGCGCAGUCUCUGGGCUCUCCUUCUGCGAACUCUUGUCCAGGAGAAAAACAUCCCUAUACCCUACUUCGAUGGGAAAUCCCUUGACUUUUUAUCAGCCUUAGAGCUCGAGCAGCUUACAUGUUAUGCACUUGCUCUUCGCAGCAACUGGACUAACCCUGAUCCGGAUGCGAAGAGAGAAGUUGAUUUUUACAAGCCCACCGAACCGGAUUCGCGCAUUAUCUUUAUGCAGUUUCUCCCUGGCAGAGGAAAUCGUUGGCUGAUUUCUGUCACGAUGACUGCGCAACCGAGAAAAUAUGUUAUCCAGUGCUGGAAUGUUGCUGUCCUGCAACCCAUAUGCAUAGCAGAGCUGACGCACAUGGAGGGGCCAUAUGGCGGUGUUAUUAUCAAUGAUGAUCCCUCUUCUCCAGCCAUAAUAGCGAUGCAGUCAGCACUAACGGAAAUACUCACCAUCGACUUCGAAGAAGAAGACCCCGAGUCAGCAUUCGUUCCGCUCAACACCAUUGACGGAAUUAGGGAGAUUCACCUACUCAGUGGGAACACACUCGUCACUCGGCGUCCAGAAAAUGGCGGAGAAGUGAGCAUCUGGGACAUCAACGAUCAACCUUGUGAAAAAAUCCAGUUGGUGAACCCCUCACUAUUACAGAACGAUCGCUGCCAAGUGGUGCAUCUUCACGACGAUUACAUGGUAAUCGUCCGCCAACAGACUAUCGAGUUCUACUCCACCAUUCUUCGGCCCAACAUUAUCGCAACACCGGGAGCGCCAAUCUCGUACCCACUCGCACAGCACAGGUUCCAAUGGUGCACAGAGACCGUCAAUAUGUCAGAGCAAGUCAGCUGGCAUGCUGCGUGCUCGCACCGCCCCUCGCCGAUCAACGUUCUCAUUCGAUUUGGAAGCAUCUAUCCCUGGCCAGUGAACAUGUUGCAUCAUUUCGUGCUCACCCCAAACCCCGCGUACGUUCCAGGGCGGGAGACUUCUCAAUACAACCUUCCAUACUUGACGCAGCCCACCCCAGUGCAGACGAUAGGCUCUCCAGUGCGUUUGUUUGCUCCAUCAUCCAUUGCCCUUGGACGAUAUGGUACUGCUCUCUGGCUUGACAGCCAUACUGAAGACUGGCUGGGGCCUAGCGACUGCGGGCAGCGACUUGCAGGACGGAUACUGAUGGCUACGGGAGAAUCCUCCACUAGCCAAUCUGGCUCACGUGCUUCCAUGGUAUUUCGCGUACGAGACGACGACUUGUGGAACAAGGUAGCGAUUGAUGAGGAGUCUGGGAGAAUUGCGGUUGGUUAUGUGAAUGGCUCGAUAACACUCUUCGAAUAUUCUUAACUUGGUUUCUUCAUUUGUUUUUAUUUUGAUUACCGUCUUUUGACAUGGACAUCCUUCUCCAUACUUACAUUUAGCAUGUUUCACCAUUUUUUUUCUCAUCCUUGUCACUUUAUAUCCAUUGGACAUGAUACACAAAGGUAAAUUCAUUGCGGUGGUGUACAACUGCGUGUUUCAUUCCUGCU